AUGUCAUUCCCUGUGGAUAUGUUGAACAGCUACCGUCAUGAGGACUUGGAGAGCUCAGCAGAGGACUACUUGUCUGACCUUCGGUGUGGGAAUCCAAACCAUCCUCAAUUCUUGUCUCUGCCAGACCACGGCAAAAUUCCUAUUAGCUUGUCAACUGUGGGCUUCGUUCCUCUUUAUGGUGAAGAGCAGACACACAAAGUUCUUGCUUUGUUUGCACCAGGGGACUCGCUCACAGCUGUAGCCCUGUAUCUUGCUGACCAGUGGUGGUCAAUUGAUGACAUUGUGAGAACAUCUGUCCCUGCUAGACAGGGGCUUCAUCAGGUGAAGUCUGUUGGAGAGAGGGUUGUUCUCUAUGUUCUGAAUCGAAUUAUCUAUCGGACGCAAGAAAUGGGAAGAAAUGAGAUCCCAUUUCUCUGUCAUGGUAGCAACCACUAUGCUAAGAUCAUGUGGAAAAAAGGAGAGGCUAUUGGGUUCUAUUCUGUUAAACCUACAGGAAGUGUUUGUAGCUCUUAUGGUAGUCAGACUUAUCUGCUGCCAGUGCUAGACACAAUGUUUGUAAGAAAGAAACAUCGUGGGAAAGACUCUGGGCUAAUCAUGUUGGAAGACUUUGUGGAUUCCUUUACUGAAGACUGUCUUGGCCUACGAUACCCGCUGUCAGCCUUCAUGUACACAGCUUGUAAGCAGUAUCUUGAGAAGUACCCUGGGGAUUAUAACCUUUUGUGGGAAGUGGAGGGAGCAGGACAUUGGUACCAGAGAACAUGUAUUAUGUCUAUAUUGCAAAGGGAAAAGCUCAAAAUUGCCUCACAGAAAGAAAAUAAGAGUUUCCAAGCAGAGGAUCACUUUUGGCCGUCUGGAGCAGUAUCUGAAGCAAGUGGACAGAAGACUGAGCUAGAAACACAGCUAAAUGCUGACUCUCAAAAACGUAAAGAAUCAAUAGAUGUCCAUGCAAGCACAUCUGAAGACCCUAACAUAGCUCCCAUUUCCAUUCGGACACGAAGCAGUCAUUUAAAACGUCCCAGGAUAGGAAAGAAUAGCCAGGAAUCUGAACCUGAAACUUCCCAAAGAGAUGAGGAAAAUGCUCUUCAUGUGUCAGAAAACAGGCUGGAACUUCCUGCACGCACAGCUGAAAGUUCUGAAGACUUAGAAGUACUUGAGGAGAGUACUGUUGAAACAAAUGAGGAAAUGAUUGUUCAAACAAAUGAGGAAACGAUUGCUGAAAAUGAGGGCCAGUCUGUAUCAGAAGUGGAGCUACAUGUAUCACCCCCUGAGAAAUGGAGUGAGAAGGAGGAAACUCCAUCAGAACCUCUUAAUGGUGAGGUAACAGAAGAAGCUGGUAAGACUUCGCUUAUGGCUGAAGAGGAAACAACAAAUGAAGUUUCAAGUGGUGAAUCAAAACUGCAGUCUGAGAGUCAAGGAGAAGAAUCCUUAACGCUGUUUGUUCCAUUAAUCCUUGAGUCUCCGGCAAAACCUUCAGAAGACACUGUAUCAGAGAAGGUUCUAAAUGCAAAUGAUUCAGAAAUGCUGACUGAAGAAAGUACAUCAGUAGAAAAGGAAGGCACUGAAGAGCAGCAAGAAUCUGAAAAGACCACCACUGAAAAUGCAGCUGCUUCAGCAUCGAAGGAAGAGCCCUCUGACAAUGGCCUGCCCAACUCUAUGGUAACCGAAGCAGCAGAAGAAUCGGUUUCUGAAAAUCUAUCGCCCAAAACAGCUUCCUCUCUGGAAGAGCAAAGUGAGGAAGCAGGGCACAAUUCACAGGAGGCCCCUGUUGCCUUGAGUCAGAGCUCUUUGAUAGUGGUUGAACUCGAGGGUGUUUCUUUUCAGCAGCCUUCUGGACAGGAAGUACAGAAGAACCAGUUGGAAGAGCACUCAGAAGAGUCUGCUGAGCAGAUGGAUCAGUACACGCAGACAGCAGCGGAGCGGGCUGCUGACAGCAGCUCUGAGGAAGCAGAAAUUGAGGUACCCAUUGUAGAUCGGAGAAACUUGCGAAGAAAGGCCAAAGGCUACAAAGGUCCACCCAAGAAAAAAGGAAAGCCAGCUUAA